AUGAAGGUCAAGGCUUGUGCUUCAUUAGUGGUUCUCCGUUAUCCUGAUCGAGACCCAUGGCAGUCAGUUCAUAUUGAUGACCUUCGGAAAUCGAAAGACAUGUUUACAGAUCUGACGGCUUUCAAAGGGAUUACUAUUAGCCAGCUUUUCGGCAGAGACCCAGGGGAGCCUGAAUCUUCAUUCCUGGCAUUGAUGAAGCAAAGGUUGCACUCCCUUCUGGUGAAACGUGAUGAGGAAUCUUUCAGUGCAACUGAGUGGAUGCUACGGGAAGCCUCAAAUGUUGAAGCCCUUCAGGAAGGUGGCACUUUCAGACACACACUUUGGAAGCGAAUUCAAACAGUAGUAACACCUCUUCUGGCACAGAUAAUCUCUGUUAUAGACCGAGACUGUAACUUAAAUUUGUUACGUGAUGAUACUCCUUUAUUUGUACGAAAGCUAUGGAUGAACAUUUUUAAUGAUGCAAAUCUCUUGGAUCUUCCUUACAACAGAACUAUCUUCAGUUUGGAAUCUGAAAUUGUUGUCCACAAUUAUAUGAAGAUGGACGUACUAAAUAUUAGCAAUGAGCUUCCUUUCAGUUGGAGAAUAAAGGAGUUUCUGGAUGAGCUAUGGAUUCAAGCCCAAUACAUGGAAGGACAAGUUGAACCAAAGCUGAAUGAAAUAUUUAACAAAACUGGAUUUGGAAAGUACUUUUCAAAUGUGAAUGAAGAAUGGAGACAGAACUUUUUCUUCAGGUACUUGGCUGAUUUCCUGCUGAUGACAAUGAACAUCUCAACUGAAGAUGAAUUUGAGUUCCUUCAAGGAGCACUGAUCUCCUGCAUAAAUCAGCUGAAAAUAGAACAUAACAUUGGAGAUGAAAUGUCUUUGCUUUGGGUGCACGUUGCAUAUCAACAUUUCAAAAACCGUCUGCAGAACUUUUCAAGAAUUAUUGUAGUGAAUCCUUCUGUUCUGACAUUGCUACAGAUGAGCAAAGAUAAAAUACAGAAGGCUGAAGACAAAGAGAUGGUCAUAGAUAUUUAUGCAGCAGCUGCCUGUGUUGAUAUGCUGGAAUUUGAACACACUGAAUUGUCAUAUCCGGCCUGGCUGCAGAUGGUGAACACUCUGCAAAUGCCCAUUGAGUUGGUCUGCACACAAUGUGAAGAAUGGAAAUCUUCCAUUGUGCAUUAUGUCCAAUCUGGGUGGCGGAGAAUAUUUUCAUUGUCACUUUUUGUGGAGCAUCUCAUUUUGGGAGUUGAAGAAAUACAUAGUAAAUUGCAGAACAUGGUUGUAAUCUACGCUGUUCGACUUGCAAAGAGUCUGAACAGUAACUCUGAUUUGAGAUCGCAAGAUCCCUUUCAGGCUGUGAUUAUGAUCCUAAGGGAUUGCAAACGUGAUGCAGGAUGUCUUUUUUUCAGAUACGGUCUGCAAGAAUGUUCAGUUUGCUUUGGAGAACUCAACAAUCCUGUAUUGCUUCCAUGCAAUCAUCUUUACUGCUUAAACUGCAUUAAGCAGUGGUUCGCAUCAGGAGAUGUAUACUGCCCAUGUUGCCGCACUGCUGUGGCUAAUGAUUAUGUACCAGAGGCAUCCGAAGAAAUAAGUGAAGCUGUUUCAAAAGUAAUCCUAUUUCGCAAGAGGUGUGAUGCAUUUUUCAUAGCUUUGGUUUCCAUGGUCUGCUUCAAAGAUAACUCACCACCAACAAAAGAAGUGGUUCGCGAUCUACUGUCUCUGCUACUUUUUCUAAAAAAGACAGAUUCCAGCGCCUCAGAGAAAGUUUGUUCGUAUGCUACGAGACAUCUUUCACCAUUUGAUGAGGCCGCUGAUCAAAAUCCUGUUGUCCGUUCCAUUGUUCUUAAACUGCUGUUGAAAUACAGUUUUGAUGACAUUAAAAAUUACCUGCAGGAUUAUCUAUCUGCAUUUCAAAAGACAAAAAUAUUUCAAGAAAGUGAGACUGAACUCUAUGCAUUGUUUCUGAAUUGUUUGGAGGAUUCAAUUUACGAAAAAUCUCAGUGGUGUUCAAUACAAGAAAAAAUUGCUUAUCUAGCCCAAGAGGGAGAAUUCCUUCAGAUGUACAUUCAACAUAAGAGGAAACAGAUGACAAUAGAAAUGCUACAGAUAAUUGCCAGAAUUCGCCUCUGUUUUGACACUGCUGCCCAGCUACUUUGUGAAUCGUGUGACACAAUUGCUCAGGAUUCAAAAUAUGCCCGUGCAAAAGAAACUUUCCUGCAUUGCAUUAAGAGUGUGAUUAUCAAUCGAGGAAAUGAUUGGUUCAAGAUUUAUCUUGUGCGAAAGUUGUGUGGUCUAAAUGGAAUAGAGUUCGUCCAGGAGCUCAUAAUGAAUGACCAAUUUUCAUGGAUCUUUCCCAAGGAAGUUUUACAAAGGAGAGAGAGUAUUGGCCAAAUUGAUCGUUACCUUGCAUGUGGCAAAAAUUAUCAAAUGUUUCGUGAUGCAGUAUUCAAAUCCUUUGUUUUUAGUGACCCUAAAAGUAUUGAAGAAGCUAAAAAGGUUUGCAAAUGCUCUUCCAAAGAGAAAGGUGUUCAUAUGACCCUCGCAAUAUUCCGAGAAUUCACUAUUCUGUACGCAUCAAGCAAACCAAGCGACCAUCCAAACAAAGAUCAAUGUGACGUUAUUGCGAAGUACAUUGAGGAAGAAAAUGUUUUUCACUCUUCCAUGUGUAAGAAGUUUGCUAUCAGAUUACUCAAGAAUGACAUUCCUGGACUUGAAAUUAAUCCAGGGCUAAAGAGCCAGGAGAGGACGAUUAUCGAGAUAAUCAUUCAUGCAGCAGCUGUCAUCUUGUUCAGUGAGGAAAAUAGCAUCCUGACUCCACUACAGCAUCUAUCUUUCCAACCUGCUCUUAUGGUGAAUGCGUUCCUACCCACAAUGCCUGAAGAUAUAAGAAUUGAAGCUAGAGGAUGGGCUGCUUUACAGAAUCUUGCCAUGUAUCAAUGCCCAAAUGGACAUCCUUGCUUUGUCGGAGAGUGUGGUCGACCUAUGGAAGUAGCCCGUUGUCCUGAAUGCAAAGCUGUAGUUGGAGGACAUAAUCACAAUCCUGUUAGUGGAUUUACUGCAGCUGAUAUGAUGGACAGAACACAAACGGGACACAUCUUAGGUGAUCCCAGGAAAAGAGAAACAAUCGUUGCUCCUGACAGACAAAUGUCCUUGGUGUCACUUUUACUUGUGCGUCUGAUGACACAUGUGGCUAUGUUUAUAGGAACUAUGGAGGAUGUCAAGUCAAUAGAACAAAUUAUAAAACCACAAGUUCAAAAUCCAAGGGACUUUCUCUGGUGUCAUAUCAAAAAAGACAUAGAACAGCUCAGGAAUUCACUGGCAAAGACUAUCGAUGAAACGGCAAUAGUUGUUCAUCUCUUUCUCCACCAACUCAUUCAUCAAAAGAAGCUCCCUACAUUACCAGGAAACCUGUCCACCAAGGCACAAAGGAAAAAUUGGGAGAGCUCUAUUUCAAAAGAGGUGAUAACUCCUGCAGUGGAGAAUCUGGACAGGAAACUUGUGGAUAUUAACAGCCAGAUAAGUCAAGAUAAAAGAAGUGGUUCCGAUUCUAUUGUCAAAAUUGUGUACAGUGACCCCCAAACAUUCCUUACAUUACCUAAAGGGGAUGCCUUGCAUUGCUCUACUAUAUGGGCUUGUAGAAAGAGAAUUUCUCCUGAACAUUUGAGACAUAUGAUGGAGAAUAGGGAAGAGAAAGAAAAUGUGCCCAUCCUGCAGACAUUUCUACAAAAGGAAGUACAGUUAAGGUUGGUGAAGUACCUGCCAGAAUUACUGGCGCUUCAGAAUGACUUGACAAAACUAUUUCAGAAUACAACAGAGGUACCGAAGCAAUCCGCUUCUGAUUUUCUUCAAACCAUCAGCUCUGAACCAGUAAGGAGUACAUUUACAUCCCGAAUCUCAUGCUUUAUCUCUGUGUGGAACCAGCUUCGAACGUUCCUCAUUACUAAUGGUGAAUUUAAGAUUCCGGAAGAGUUUGGUGCUUCAGAUUUGGACAUGCAAAACUGCCAACUUGAGGUUCUGCUCCCUCGACGCCAAGGUCUUGGCUUGUGCUCUACUGCGCUAGUUAGCUACCUCAUAGCUCUUCAAAAUGACUUUGUAUAUACAGUGGAGAAGUAUACUAUUGAAUCUACUCCAUACUCAAUCAGUCCACAGGAUGUAUCCGACUUGCACGUAAUCAGAUAUGAGGUUGGAAAGGACAUAAUUCCUCUCCUCUUGUCCAACUGUCAAUAUACAAUGGAAAAAGGAAGCGAAAUUGUGAUCGAGUAUGACUUCAAGAGAAUUGAACAGCAAUUGACCAACAGAUUCUUAAAAGGAAAACCACUUAUUAGUUUAAAGGGAAUACCUACACUGAUUUACAGACAAGACAGAAAUUAUGGAAUUAUCUUUCAUGAUAUCCAAAACAGAAUUCCUCAGGAAUCACUGCCAAUCUCUGUUAUUAAUGUCAUAAGUGGUGAACUUCAGUCAUACAGUGAAGUAUGCGAAGCAUUCACUGCUGUGGAAGUCACUUCAGGAUUUUUGGCCAUGUCAGGAGGAGACCCUGAUCAAAAACUGGAUGUUUACUUGAAGGAUGUAUUGCAAAUGGAAGCUCAGACCUCACCUCAUGUAAUGGAAACAUUGAGAAGAUGCAACUUGAAGCACAUCCAAGCACUCUGGCAACUACUCUCUUCAAGAAAAUCCGAAUGUUCACUUAUUUUGAAUAGGGAUCCUUUCUCAGGGAUUAAAAAUGAAUAUAAAGAGCACCUCAGUGAGGAAGUAAAGAAACAAUUACGCCCCUUCUUUGUCCAAGCAAGUGUUGAUACUUUCAUACUGGAAUUGCACGAGUUGCUGACUCUAAAAUGUAAAAACGUUCAAUCACCAGACUCUUUCAACCCAAAUUGGAGUCUGAAAAUGGCACUAGGAUCUUUUAUGGAUGUGAAGGAAGUGGACAAUCUGCCAGAACUUGAAGACAUUUUCCCAGAAAUAAUUUUGAUGUCACAGAGUGUGGAAAUCUGGAAAGCAGCCGUGGCUUUCAAACGGGAACAGUUACAGUUUACAAGAUAAAUCUUAAGAGCUAAAAGCUUUGUCUCUCAGUAAUGAUAGUUUAACUCUACUUUUUAAAAAUGGGACCAUUUGAAAAAGGGAGGUACUUUCUGGAGACAUUGUAAUCUACAUAUCAAUGAAGUAAUGAUUUACAGAGUACUGCCAGAUGUAACCUGAUUUACCUGGAGGGUUUUAGAUGUUUACAGAAAACAAAUUAUGAUAGUUAUUGCUUACCUCUGUGCCUUAAUGUGCUAUAUUGAUCAACCACUAUAACCCAUCAAGAAAUUACUUUUUGCUCUGCACUGCAUAAACAUUUUUAUAAAUAUGAAUGUUUUUAUAUAUUUUUAAUGCCAUGAUGAAAAUAAUGCAAAAUUUCAUCCAUUUGUUGCACUGCCUUUCUGCCGACCAAAACAAGCUGCUUAAAAAAUCUAAAAUGUAAUUAAUUUGAAUAAGACGUGUUUAUUUUGUUCACAAAAUUUACUGUUUUUAAAUGUUUGUGUAUCAUUUACUUGAUGUAAGUUUCAACUGAACUUGAAUGUAACCUGAAUUAAAAAAAUCAUACAACA